AUGACUCCACCGCCUAUGGGAGAAGUCGCCCACACGAGUACCGAUGCUCGAGAUAUGGGCCGUAUGGGCAAGGUGCAGCAAGUGAAGCGAUACUUUGGGCCUUGGGGCUUGAUGGGCUUUGCCUCAGUCACUGGCGCCGUCUGGCAAUACGUCCUCCUUACUCUCAUUUGGUCAUUCCCAAAUGGUGGUGCUUCGGGGGCUUUCUACAUGUACAUCGUCUGCGCUGUCGGGCUCAUGCUUAAUACACUAUCUCUGGCUGAGAUGGCAUCAACGUCAGAGCACCACUACAGUUUCCGGACAUGA